UCCACAUUUCUGUCUAGGGCAGAAAAAUAUUAUGCUGAACAUGAGGAGCCUGUAGACUUUUGUAUGGGUGAAAGCAAACCUACUUAGCCAGCCUUUAACAUUGAAACGAGAGAGAGAGAGAGAGAGAGAGAGCAAGCACUGUAUUUCUCUAUUUUUAUAGAUGUAAAACUGUAACCUAACUGAAGAGUACGUGGGAACUGAUACCAGCCUGGGCGUAUUACUACAGAGGGGUUUCCCCUGUCUGCUUCUACAGAAGAAGGAACUUUAUCAAGGGAAGGGGGAGAGUUUGGAAUAAGCAUGACAGGAUCAAAGAGAAAAAAGAAAAAUGCCAUCUGGAGGAAGAUCCAUGCACUUCGCUGUGAAGAUUUCAAAGCGUGGUGUCUGCGGAGGCUGCCUGUGCUGGAGUGGGCUCCCAAGUACAACUGGAAAACAGACCUGGUCCCCGAUAUGAUUUCUGGGGUGAUGCUGGCUGUUCAACAGGUGACGCAAGGGCUUGCCUUUGCUGUAUUGUCUUCAGUUCAUCCUGUAUUUGGGUUAUAUGGAUCUCUUUUCCCUGUUAUUAUUUAUGCUGUAUUUGGAAUGGGACGCCAUGUCGCCACAGGGACCUUUGCUUUAACCUCCUUGAUAUCUGCAAAUGCUGUUGAGCGUCUUGUGCCUCCAAUGAACAGGAGUUUUACAACAACCAAUCACUCCACGGUUUUGGGCCUAUCUGAUUUUGAAAUGCAGAGGAUCGGAGUUGCAGCAGCAGUUUCGUUACUGGGAGGACUCAUUCAAGUAGCAAUGUUUGUGCUGCACUUGGGCCGUGCCACCUUCUUGCUGACGGAGCCAGUGAUAAGUGCAAUGACAACAGGAGCAGCCACACAUGUCGUGACUUCACAAGUGAAGUACCUCUUGGGAAUGAAAAUGCCAUAUAUCUCGGGACCCCUGGGAUUCUUUUAUAUUUAUGCCUACAUCUUUGAAAACAUCAAAUCCAUUCAGUUGGAAGCUUUGCUGCUGUCUGUGCUGAGCAUUGUGCUACUCGUUCUUGUUAAAGAGCUGAAUGAAAAAUUUAAAGGGAAAAUUAAAGUGGUUCUUCCCAUUGAUUUGGUUUUGAUAAUAGCUACCUCUGUUGCUUGCUACUAUGCUGAUAUGGAGUUCAACUAUGGCCUGGAAGUUGUGGGACAUAUUCCAGAAGGUAUACCACCACCAAGGCCACCACCUAUGGAUAUCCUCCCUGAAGUAGUUACGGAAGCAUUUGGAGUGGCAUUAGUCGGCUAUGUAGCAUCGCUGGCCCUGGCACAGGGCUCUGCUAGAAAGUUCAACUACUCCGUGGAUGACAACCAGGAGUUCUUGGCUCACGGGCUUAGCAAUGUGAUUCCCUCAUUCUUCUUUUGCAUACCAAGUGCGGCAGCCAUGGGGCGGACUGCUCUUUUGUACAGCACUGGAGCAAAAACACAGGUGGCUUGUCUAAUAUCAUGCAUAUUGGUGGUUGUGGUCAUCUAUGCAAUAGGACCCAUGCUAUACUGGCUCCCUAUGUGUGUCCUAGCAAGCAUCAUUGUUGUGGGGCUGAAGGGGAUGCUGGUGCAGUUCAGGGACUUAAAAAAGUAUUGGAAUGUGGAUAAGAUAGAUUGGAGCAUAUGGGUUAGCACUUACGUGUUUACAGUUUGCUUUGCUGCUAAUGUGGGAUUGCUAUACGGUGUUAUCUGCACUAUCCUUGUUUUGGUUUUUCGUUUUCCAAGAGCCACAACACUAAAUCUGAAACAGAUUAAAGAAGCGGAAUGCAGGUUCAAGCCAGAAGCAGAUUCUGAAUCUUGGCAAUUUGUAAAAAUAAUGUCAGUAAACAACCCACUCGUUUUUCUGAAUGCUAAGAAGUUUCAUACUGACCUAUUAGAAAUAAUCCAGAAAGAGAGCACAGGUGCCCAGCAGUUCUCCGAAGAUACAAACAAGUGUGAACAGAACACAUUGCUCAGUCCAUUGCCAAAUGGAAAUUGCCGUGGUGAGCCUUCAGCACACCAGCAUCCCAGUGAAAGGUGCACCCUCAUAUUAGACUGCAGUGGCCUGACUUUCUUUGACUCUACUGGCCUCUCUGUGCUUACUCAGAUCUGCAUGGAUUCUAAAAAAAGAAAUAUUGAUGUUUUGCUAGCAAAUUGCAAAGCUUCGUUGAUAAAGGCAAUGAAACUCAGUGGAAAGCUGGAAUCUGAAAGCCCUGUCUUCUUCGAGUCCCUUUCUUCGGCUGUUGGUGCUGUUCAAUUCAACAGGAAUUUCUGCAAACUUAAUGAACACAGUGAGGUCUGAUGCCAGCCAGAUGUAUUUAUCUAUCUGCUCAUCUCCAGAAGGAACGUCUCUAGAAGGAACAACACCACAGGGUUUCCCUGGAUCUUUAAGCACGGGAUUUCAUUGGUGAUGAAUUGUAUGCCAAGUAACUAUCAAACCCAGUAGCAACCGUGUUUACUGGUGUGUAGUUCCUGACAGUUUGCUUCUGAAUGACCACAAGUGACUUUUUUAUAUAACCUGGAUUGUUCUUUAGUAGCUACAUAUUUUGUAUACAUUUAGAUUUUUUUUAAAAAUAGAAAACAAUUUAGGAUAUUACUUUAUUACAGUGAUGUAUAUUGUCUUAGCUUUGUCCUGUUGUAACUUUGUGGUAUCAUUUCUGUGCAUGAGAGAAUACAAAGUUAUUGAAUUUUGUUCUGCAACUGAUGGUAUCUGAACAUACAAACACAAGCGGUGAUAUAAGAUCAUUUCUUCUCAAAUACCUACAAUGCACAUAGCGUGUUGAUACUGUCACACUCUGUCAAAGUCACUGUAUUCGCUGGCUGGUUCAAGUAUCACCUGUCUUAAACAUAUUUUCUCAUGGUUUUAUAAUGUUGUUUAGUUUUUUGAUUGCUAUAGUCUCAGUUGUGGAAGCAGCUUAGUAUUUGUUGCUGAGAUUCUCUAGUUUGACCUUAGCUCACACAUAUGUAAACUGAGUUCAGUAGUUUCUUUACAGUGAGUUGAAAUGUUAAAUAUCUUAUUUUGAGGCAGAUUUUAAAAUGGAUGGCCUGCAUUCAUAGUAAAAUCUGCUACCAAAUAAUAUAUUUGAAUGAGGGAAUGUGCAGGUUUUUUUGUGUGUGCAUCUGCUGAUAUGAAGUACUUUGCAUACACAGGGGACGAUUUACAUAGAUGUGUACAUUUAUUCUGGCACAGGAGUUUGAAAUGGCUUUAGAAAUUAGGAAUUAGCUUCCCCAAGCAUGCUCUGGGUUUCUUUAUAUCACUGCCAAAUGGCACAGAGUUGUAUGGUGAUAUAGCAUUAUUACUUCUUCCAUUACUUCUCAAGUUUGAAACAUGAAGAAAUGAAGUGGUAAAUUAGAAGUAUACACAACUACAUUUCCCCCAGAUUUUCUACAUUUGCCUAUAAAUCAUCCUUAGAAUGGCAUCAUACAACCAAUUAUGACAGGCUGUGUAGAAUCCUUCCAUCCCUGAUUGAGUGGAAACACAUGUGUGACUCAUCUAGGAAAGUUAAGAAGAAACUGCUAGGGAAAGAAUGGGAAAUGGCACUGAAGAAACAGCAAGGGAAGUUGAGGUACCAUUUCAGGAGAAAUAUCCACUCUACUGUGAUUACUAGUUUCAAAUCAAAAAUCAAGAGUGAAGAAUAUAUUUCUUAUGCCUAAAAUAUAGUAUUAUUUUAUUAUCAAACUGUGAUAGAGUUCAUUGUCAUUAACUAACUUUCCAAGGAAUUUCAAAGUAAGGUGCAGUGACUGUUGCUGGUUGAAAAUGAAAGAUUCAUACUUUAUUUAUAAACAGCUAUGCUAGUGUGAAUGCUUGUGGGGAGUGGCACAUAAGCGAAGCUUUAUGUAUGUUAUGGUCUUCUUGAACUUUCAUGUUAGCAUAGCAACUCUUAGGAUUAAGUCUAUUUAGGAAAUUUAUGGAAACGGUAUUCUGAUUUUGGAUUAGUUGUCCAGCUCGACUCUAAGGUAGAGAAAAUAACCUUCAUUUAAAAUAAUUUUUUAACAGAUAAAAUUUUGCACAAUUUCUUUCUGUUCUGAGCAUUUCAAACUAUAUGUAUAAGAACAGUAUUUCUAACAUUCAGGAAAAAUGCAGUAAUAUUUUUUAACUGCAAAACAACAAGGCAAUCCCUGGUAAAGAUCAACAGCAGAAAAGUGGAAAACCAUCCGGGAAGUGAGAAAAUAUAUCUGUAUUGUAGGACAAUAGCAAUGUAAUAUAUUCAGUAAUAGUACAGUGUGCAAAGGUGCAUUCAUACAUUCAUAAUAACAUUCCUAAUAUGUCCAAAAUCCUUUGAAUCUGUCAAAACAGGGGACUCAAUGCCCCACUCCAGCAGUUUCAGGAACAGGGCAAUUGUCCAAUGGGUAGAUCAAUUUGUAUAAUAAACUGCGUUCUAUACGUUUGUAUAAUAAACUGCAUUCUGCGUUCUGCAUUCUGGUUUUCCACUUUUCUACUGUUAUAUUAAGGCAGGACUGCCAUAUUUAAACUAGGUAUUAUGGACAAUCCAAACUAGAUAUGGCUAGUUCAGUGACAUCAAGAAGGACAUUGACUGUAUCGCAGCUGUCAUGCAUUGCUUUAAGUAUUCCAGUUAUUGGUUUGGAAAUAAAUGUAUGUGUCUGGCAUAUUGAAAAGCAGUGAAACAUCAGUGCUGACUACACUUCAUUGAGUGGGAACAUGCUAAGAAAUUGAGUCUAUUGACGUGUAGGGAUGUGCAAAACUCGAUUUCAAUGGCUAUUUUUGUCUUCAACUUAUCCACAAAAAUUGAUGUUCAAUUUUCAUAAAACUAACUUAAAUCAUUGAAGCACAUCACAUUCAUAUCAUUACCUGCAAUUUCACAUCAUGUUGUCAUUCAAAAACACAAAGCACUACAGUUCUGAAUAACUGUUGCGUACCUUCAGAGAAAUUGGGCACUGGGUUCCUCAUGUAAAAGGUGUAUAAAUUAAUGCAGAUCUGAAUACAUGUGCACUUGGCACCCAGUUAACUUUAAUCUGAAACCGUUUGUGCAAUGGAUGCUUAUGUGCAACAGCAAACAUGGGAUUGGCCGUGGCUAUUCAUUUUCUAUGAUUCAUGCCUUAUGCAAAAAUCCAGAAAUGUAUACAAAGUGCAUCCAUAAGAAGUUUCUGCUUAUUCUGGGAAGAGGUCUCAAAAUAUGAUCAAUCCAUUAAAAAUUAUAUAUGAAAUCCUGUAUUAAAGUCAGACAGCUUAGAAGCAUUGUAUAGUAUAAAGGCACACUGAGUUAAAAAUGUAUAUUCCUGCCAUUUCUGCUGCUAACACAUUGUGGUCAUGAUUUGUUUAUUUGCAGUGAAUGCAGGGGAUCUGUACUCUGUGCCCAGAGAGCUCCAAGCAAUCACACUUAAAUAAUUGCCUCAUGUUAUGUUGUAUUAUGCUGGUUGUUUACAAUUGUGUCUGCAGAACAUUGGGUUCAUUUUCUAUACUGGCUGGACUAAGAAACAAUAGAUUUGAGUGGGUCGUUUAAACUAUAAAAAGAGAGGAAAACUGUUGAAUCUCAGUGUGCUAUAGACUUCUUCUUUGGCUCUCAGGAGUUAGAAAAGAGUGGAGCAGGGAGAGAAAGAUUCUUAACUAGAGUGGCUGCAGGCAAAUAGUCUUAAAAAGUGUUGUCUUUACUGGGACAAGGAGCCAGUUCUGUGAAGCAUCGAAUAACUCUACUUAUCAACAAUGCCAUCCUAAGCUCGGGAGGGUGUAAUUGUUUAGGAUUGCCCUGUAAGUGACUCUGGCAGACAAGGGUUCUCUGUGUGCCAAUGUACAUAUGCAAAAAACAGUAACCACAUGUGAUAAAAUGGCUGUCACAGAAAGAAAAUAGCAUGCGAAGAAAUGCUUCGUGUCAUAAUGACAAUGGGCAUAAUAUGUUUAAAAAUCCAUCCUACGAAUCCUCUCAAAGUCAACCACUGUUUAUUGGCUUUCUUUGAAUCCCUAGAGAACGAUAUAGCUGAAACCAUUGAUAUUAGCAAUCACAACAGUGCAUGCCUCUUUUUACUGGAAAUCAACAGAUGUCCCUGGUUCUGUUCUUGCAUUGUUCCAGAAUUUCUCUUGGCACUGUAAAAAUAAACAGGAGUCUAGUGGCAUGUAAAAUAGUUACAAGAUUUUAUUUCAGCAUAAGCAUUUGUGGAUUGGAGCCCACAAAAGCUGGGUUUUUUUAGUUUUUAAGAUGCCACUAAACUUCUGUUUGUUUGUUUGUUUUUGCUGCGGCAUUCCUACCCUGCUGGAAGUCGUCUCAGCAUUUUGUUUUAUGCCUUAAUUCCAGUUCAAUUUAGAGUAUUACAAAAAAUUGCAGAGCUGGAUUCUGUGCAAUUAGCUUUCAGGAUUUUUUCCCCCAGGUGACCUGUGUCUUUUCUUUUGAUCUUGAUGCUAUCCAUGCCCAUGUUGCAUUCUGCAACAUACUGGCCUUGAUGCAAUAAUACAUUCCAUUCCGUCAGCAUUCUUUGUGUUGGUGCUUUCCUGAUGCACAGCACACAUAUAUAUGCAUUUUGAAAAAUAGACAGAGAGAAGUUUUAUACAACUCUACAUACAGUCAGAUCAAGGUUUCUCUUUUCUGGUGUUUUACCAGUGUGUGUCAGUAACAGAAGAUUUUAAAAGGCACUAAUGAAUUUAAAGAACUGAAAGAGGAAACGAGUGGCACAUGUACUGUUUGGAACAAAAUUCAGAAAUUAAAAAAUGGCACAAUGGGGAAUUCCUAGUGCACAAGGCCUGAUAAACUGAAACUUCAAAAGCUAGGAAAAUGUCAAAAGAAGAGAAGUUUGGAAGCAUCUGUACUUUUUACAGAGUUCUCCAUUGGUUCCGUGUGAAGUGGUACAACUCAAUGAUACAAAUGCUCAGUAUUUUGAUUUUCAUCUAGCACUUUAAAGAAAGCACUGACUUUUAUGUUUUACUAUCCAGAAGUCAUCUGUACUUUCUAAGCUAUUACGUUAAUUUCAUGUUUGUUAUCAUCUUUUUAGAGAUUUCUUCCAAGCCUCAUAUUGACAUAAUAAUAGAACAUCUUGUCAAAUCAGACCUGAGUUCUAGCAUACUCUCCAAAAGUAGCAAGAAAAAUGCUGUCAGGAAUCCUGCCAUGAUAGAGACAAGCAUCCCUGUUGUUGCUCUCAGCAUUUAAUAAGUGCAGAUGGACUGUAUCUGAACCUGGAGGUUCUAAGGAUUUGGCUUACCUUCCAUGAAACUGACCAAUUCUUUUGAGAAUAAGAAUCUCAGCUAAUAAUCUUUCACCACUUUCCAGCUGAGUUUUUUUAAUGCAGUAUACAUUGGAAGAUAUAUUUUAGUGAGAGUUCAUCAACAUGGCAGUUUUCCUGGUUCCAUAGCAGCUGCUGUAGUACUCAGCUGAGAGUGCUAGUAAUUGUCCUUAGUGGAGAAAUUGAAUAUUUAUAGGGGAAACAAGAGGACACUAUAAGAAGGACUCAGACCAUAAGGAGAAACCCACGAUUCAGUCAGAAAAUACUCUGUGGUGGAAAUACCAUUAGAUUGACUCUCAUCCAUGUUUUCACGGGGGUUUAUACACUCUUGCAAGUUAGUUGUACUUUAGCUAACUACACGCCCCAGAGAUACAGACCUGCUUUGUGUAAACUGUAGGGACUGACAGGGACUUGUGUGAAGAGAAGUAUCUUGCAUGUUUGGGUUGAUGUGCUCAAAUUAAGGCUGACUGCCUUACCUACUAAGAGUUGGCUUCUUCCAGUAUUUUUCUACUCAGUCUCACUGUACUUCCCCUUUUACUACAGCAACCAUCCCACAUGGAUUUUGUGGGAUAAGCCAACUCCCAUUAUCUCUAGCAUAGCAUUUUUUGUGGUCACUACUUCCAUUUUCAUUAGCAGGAAAUUUGGUUUGUUCUAAACCCUUCCUCCCAUCUCUUAGAGAUUUACAAAUCAACUACUGAGCAAGAAUUUUUUGAAAAAAUAAAACGAAAGUACAGUGUUAGAGAACAAAGUUGGUGACAAUCAUAAAUGAUGCAUUAAAAUAUGUAAUAAGGGAGAUCUGCUCAGAUCAUUGCUAUGCAAAUUAAAUGUCCCUAAUGUUCAUCACGUGCUUUUCCUUUUAAAGGUUAUUUCUCCCUGAAUCCGUAUAUUAAGUGUCAAAAAAGUCUGGCUUUAGGUACCUUAUUGUAAUUUAUUGGACACUGGGACAGAGCCGGAUGGUAUAAAUCUAAAAUUUAGGAUACCUUCCUUGUUUCAUGAAAAAACUUAAUGUGCCAAAGAGCAUUUGUGAAUAUUGUUUGACAUUUACUGGCUUGCAAAAUAUACUAAUGAAUUGUUUUGAAAAGAAUGCACUUCCUAGGAGGGAUACAUCCCUCUAUCGACCAAAAAUGUCCUUAUAAAUAAGAGCACUUCUAGAGUCGAUGUUAAAUGGUGCUUUCAUCCUUCAAAUGGAUUUUAUUAAGGAUUAGACAGUCAGUUCAUUUCUGUAUGUUUAACAAUGCAUUUCAUUUGUUCUUUUCCUGUUUGUUAUUAGCAUAUGCAAUAAUAAUAAAUUUAUACAGAAAUAAAUUAGAAUGUGAAGUAAUUUUCACACUGAAGGGAAAAGGGUUGUUUUCUUUUUGAUGGUAUUGUGUUAAAGGUUUUUUAACAUUCUGUGCUAAAUGGUCCAGACUUUGUCAACUUGAGUAUAUAAAAUUUUAGUGGUGAUAAGACACAAUAGAAUUGCCUUCAUAUAAUACAUUGUAUAAACAUU